AUGAUAUUAGUGGAAAGUCCCAGUACAGUGCCUCGGGACCGUCGAUAUUCCAUCCAGGAUGAUCCCUCUGGUGUCUUCACCGUCACCAUGACAAAGCUCAGGGUAAACGACUCGGGAGUCUACUGGUGUGGAAUGUCUAAAAUUCAGUCUUCUGAGAUCUCUAUUCUCACAAUCUUCCAUCUGGUGGUAUCUCAGGCUUCAACACUACCCCCCACCAGGAGCACCAGGACGACGACAAUCCUGACCUCUGUGACCAGCCGUGUCAUUGACAGCCCUCUAGACAAGUGGAAGUUUAUCACCCUGAGUGUGGUGGUGGUGGUGGUCCUGCUCGUACUGAUGCUGAUCCUCACCAUGGCCCUGUACCUCCAGAAAGCCCGAGGAAAAGCCGGGAAAGGAUCCCUUCUGCCCAGCCAGGACUCCAAUCUCCUCUUCCUUAAUUCCAUGGAAGGUGAGUAG